AUGGCAUCCAUUUUUACAUAUGAACCCGAACCCCCAAGGGUAGAAUCACCAUGGUUGUUGACUCCUACCAAUUCUCCUAAACCACCUUCACCUCAGCCAUAUCCGAAAUCUCUCGAUAGCUCCCCUGGUUCGACUCACAUUUCGGACUAUGGAGUCACAAAACUGGAGGCAGAACCACAGGAAGGUCCCACAGAAUACAAACUACAUCUUUUGUUACGACCGAGGAGGACAUAUAGCACUUCAAGCACUGGCUCGAUAAUAUCUGGCUCUCAACAGCACAAACAGCAACCCCUUAAUCAGGAGAAAGCGAGCCCCAUAUUGGCACCAUCCAAUCAGAGUAAACAGAAACGUUUAGAGCAGCUCACAACUCAAUUGCUGUGGCGCCUACAGCAGUCGUCUCCGUAUCAUGCAUCAUCUACAAGUGAUCUUGUAUUACCGAAAUUGCCUGGCAGCGCAACGAGCUUAGAUGCCCCUUCAAGACCCGGGAAGCUGUUAGCUGGGCUUGAGGAAAGCCGUGGAGCACUGUAUGAAAUAGGUGUUUCCGAUGAUGGUACAUUUGUCGGUCUGACGAGCGAUGAAUUAGACGAGAGUUUGACAAACCUACGGGCUAUGGCAGCUAGUCUUGGAUGUAAUGUUGAGAUUGUUCGAAAGCGACUCAAGAAACAAAAACCAUGGUUGGUCCCUGGAGACCAAGCGAUAUCAACAAAUUUCCGGCACCGAGAGAAAUUGUGGGUCGCUGAAGCCCUCAUAACUCCAGAUCUCAGUUCGAAACGAGCACAGUCAAUAAGCUAUGACGAAGCUCCUGUCAUUCGUCAACAUACUCCACAGCCUACGAUUAAUGAGGUUACUGAAGCCCCCGCUCUUCAACAUGAGGAUACAACUGAACAGCUGCGUAUUACCCUUACUGGUCCCACUACAUCUGGAAAAUCAAGUCUUCUAGGUACUUUGUCUACCACAACGCUUGAUAAUGGUAGAGGUAAAAGCAGACUCAGUCUAUUGAAACAUCGUCACGAAAUUGCUACAGGGAUUACAAGUUCUGUGGCACAGGAGUUGAUUGGUUAUAAAGACUCACAGGUCAUCAAUUAUGCUUCUGGCAAUGUAACGUCAUGGACAGAUAUACAUGCCACAGCAGAAGAUGGCCGGCUUCUAUUUGUUUCUGACUCUGCUGGUCAUCCAAGGUAUCGCAGGACAACAGUUCGAGGCUUGGUUGGUUGGGCUCCCCAUUGGACUGUUCUAUGUGUCGCAGCAGAUGACACUGGUUCGAGCGGUACCAGAAGUACUUCAACAACAGAGCUUCUUGGCACUGUUGGAGCAGGAACUGAUCUUGCAAAAGCACAUCUUGAACUUUGUUUGAAACUGGAUAAACCUUUGGCUAUUGUGAUCACCAAGCUUGAUCUGGCUUCAAGACCUCGUCUAAGCGAGACACUGUCGAAACUUCUAUCUGCUAUCAAAGCAACAGGGAGGACUCCUUCGAUUCUUCCGCCAGAUAAUUCUAAAAAUGUCAUUGAUGCUGAUCUAACUAGUAUACUACCUGAAGAUACUAACACUGUUAGAAAAGUCAUCAACACGAUGGCAAUGUCAGAUCUCAGGUCCAUUGUUCCUAUCAUUCUUACAAGUGCGGUCAAGGGAACCGGUAUUCGUCAGCUCCAUGCUCUUCUCCAAGCUUUGCCAAUACCUACACCACCCACCCCGCACGAUUAUAUUGGUAUGGCACUCAAUCCAGAGCAACCCUCAUCUCUAUUCCACAUUGAAGAUGUAUUUGGGGUACCAGCUUCCUAUGAUGCUUUGGUCUGUAAUAGUAAUGGUAUUGAUGCGGGAACUGUAGUUGCCGGUCAUCUUAGAUUUGGUAGGCUAUCAAUUGGAGAUAGUGUUGUCGUAGGCCCUUUCCCAGCAGAUUCUGACGAUGAUGACUCCCCCCAGACUGGUCCCCGUUCUUCGCCCACCAGUCUAGGUACCUCACUCACGCAUCCCUCAGCAACCGAACUUUCUAGGAUAGCUUUACGAAACACGCCAUCUGCCUCGGUUACCAAAGGCGAAUGGCACAAUGCACAUAUAGUCAGUAUUCGCAAUCUUCGCCUUCCAGUGCACACAAUCGAAGCUGGUCAAGUCGGAACCAUCGGCAUCGUUCUCGACUUACCGACUCAAGAAGACUCAAAUAGUCCUAUGGAACGUUCUUCUCAAACUGCUCCUCGAAUCCGCAAAGGGAUGGUCAUGGCGAUACCCAGUAAACAUAUGAUUCAAACUCAUCACUCUCUUCAAGCUGCUAGUGGCUUCACUGCCUCCUUUGAUGAUGGUGACAUUAAUUCCAUCACUCCAGGUACAGUUGUGGUAAUAUACAUAGCCAGUGUCCGCGCCUCAGCUCGGGUCCUCAAAUUAACCCCACAUCUUCCUGCCAGAGACAUGGGAGCAGAAGACGCAGAUGACGUUUUUGGGCUGGGACUACUGGAUGGCUGUGAUGUAGCUGAUUCCAACGGGAAUUCAAAAGAUGAGCCAUUUGUUUUUGGCACUGAUGGCAUUACAGAUGUCAGUUUUGAAUUGUUGACAUCUAGGGAAUGGAUAGAGUUGGGUAGUCAGGUUCUGGUCAUGCCAGGGGGUGGUCAUGGACUGUAUUCCGGAAGCGAGAGGGGAGAGAAGGGAGUUGCUGGGUUGGAAGGCUUUGUAGGGAGAGUUGGGGAGGUUGUUGAUUGA